AUGUCAUAUCAAGUCCUCUUCCUGGCCGUGAUUCUAGCCAACAAAGUGUUGGCGUGGCCGGAUGGAGCUCCUUGUAUUCAUGCCGCCUUUGAGAGUAUGAAUCCAUUAGAAGCCGUGGAGCAUCAAGGAGGACUUCAGGUGAGGAAAUUUAAAGUUUUUUUGAGGAGGAAUUUGAAUAUACAAGUAAAGUUAGGAGCUGAAAAAUGAUGAUUUCAGCUGACACCACCGCCAUUUACAAUUGACACGGAGCAGAAAUGUUAUUGGAGAAAUCAACCGGUAAAAAGUGAGUCAUCGAAAAAUUAGGAUAUAUGUGUACACAUGCUAGUACCUUAGCCAGUGUUUGAAGGCGGGCAAAGAUGCUUUGCUAAAAACUUUAUGGCAUGGUCUUUGUAAUGCAUACACCUAUGUAAUCAAAAAUCUCUCGCUUCAGAUCCAAAAAAUUUCUUAUUUUUCUUGAUUCCUUUUGAUACCAAAUUUGGGAUUAUUGUUGACCUUUUUUUCCGUUUUAGAUGUUAUAUGGGUACUAAAAAUUCUAUGUUUUAUUUCUAGUCACCCUCCGCGGCAACAACUCUCACGACGAAUUCAAAGGUUUCGCCAUUCAGCCGUUUGUUUGGAGAGGCACGAAAGCUGGUCGAAGGCAAGUCUAAAUUCUCCAAAUUUCACUUAUAUUCUGAUUUAGAAUCGGUGUUUUCCUGAGAUUGGACAAUAAUGGAAGUUGGCGACAACAGUGUUUCAAGAAUAAAGAUUCCGUUACGCACAGUCACGACGAGAAAAAGAAGAAAAUGGAGCUGUGGUGGAAGAACGACGAGGAUGAAGAGAGCUACGUGCAGUUUGUGUAAGGAUGCUCUCAAUAUAAAAAUAUCGCAAAUAAUUCAUAUAUAUGUGCAGCUGGGUAGUGAAGUAUUGCUCGGUUAAGACCUCCAUUUGAUAUGUGCCUUUUUCAGCGCAACUGUUGUCAUCUCCCUUAAAACUUUUUGGGUGAAAUCGGUCCUCUCCGCUCCACUGCCACCAUGCCGGAUUGAGAAGGAAAUUGGUGUCUGGCAACAUCCUCCAGUCACCCAGCCACCUCCAGCUGGACAAUUCAAGAUUCAAACUUUCCACAUGUUUAAUCAAGGAGAUACCACAUUCUUGGAGAAAUCGUUGUCCAAUCAGAACGUAAGCUGAAUUUUAGAAAAGAAUCUUUCCAAAAGAAAAGAUCUUACAAUCCAUGUAUAAGUGUGUAAUAUGUUUGAAAUUUGAUUUUUCAGUUCUUCCGGCCAGCCCCAGCCACCUUCCGACCAGCUCCUCCACCUCAGCCAACCCCAGCGUUCACGCCGACUCAGUUUACGGUCACUCAGCCUCAACGGACUUUCCCUCAAGUCUCGGUCACCCCGUUCACUCCACGACCAGCAACUCUGGUUCAGAACAAUGUGGUGAGAAAAUUGAUUUCAAUUACUAUUUCGGUUUUUUCUGCAUUUUUAAAAAUCUCAACCUGCGCCAAAUUGCGCAGAAAAGUCAUAUCUAUUCUCAUGAAGUUAAACUGCUUUUAUAAUCAUCAAAAUUGCAGCCUCAGCCGACUCGUCAGCCCUUCAACCCUCAACGUUUGACCCACAUCAUUCCUGUUUCCCAAAUGGAAAACAACCGAAGACGUAAGACCCCUUUUAAGCAACAAAUUUGGAAUUAUUUCCAGCUCAAGUGUGCCGAGAUACGGAUCAGAGCAACCGCUGCUCUCAAUGGAUCAACUUCUGCCAAACCUCGACAUAUAUGCAAAACUUUUGCAGGAGAAGUUGCCGUUUCUGUCAGUAA